UAUUCGUCUCCUUGACAGGGUAGUGGAUAUGGAGAAACAUCUUCAACACAUUAAGGACUGAUUCCCCUAAUUCAACAUCUUAAAGAGAAUCUUUGUCGCCGUUUUCAAGGAGAAAACACUUCACAGAUGGCACCUUUCAAGAUUAUAGAUAUGACAAAGUCUAAAAACAGCGCAGUGGAGAUUCCGGAGGCGUGGCACUCCGGAGCGCAGUUGAAUGCCGGUGACAGGCAUCAAGAAGCUCUCCUGGACAGCGAAACUAGGGGGGCAUCCACAUCGCUACAACUUCAACAUAAUCGACUAGAUGCUAGUGGUAGUGGAGCUGCUUCUUCUUCUAGCAGAGAACAACAACUGACUGGACGUGAAGGAGCAUCCUCCAGUAGAGAAGAAAGAGCUCCUGAAGCGGUUAAUAGAGGUAGCAGUAGAGGAGCAGGCUCGUCGGUUGCGUCUUCCUCGAGUGCAUUUUUAUCUUCUUCUGGGAGCUUUUUUCAGCAAAGAACAAGGGUCAAAGAACAACUUCCACGUCCGAGUCGUUUAUUGGGUAAAAAUGAUGGUGCCAAGAAAUUGGGUGCGGACCAUUUUACUAAAGCAGGAAGUUCUGACGAGGAGCGCAGGCCUGAUCUUCAAGUAGGUAAGAAGCUCUGACGGGGAGCGCAGGUCAGAGGGUGGGUCGUCAUCAACAUAAGUUCGGAAAAAAGCUUCAUCGAGAUGUGUAAAGUGAAGCUCAAGCUUGAUUUAAGAAGACGCCAGUAUCUUCUAUUGUAUUUCUCGAGAACAUUCACAGCUGUAAGUCUGAGUUGUGAUUCUAUUUACUCUAUAUCUAAUUUGUUGGGUCAGAGUCUGGUGGUGCCAAGUAAACUACAGUCUAUAUACGGUUUUCGUCUUGUACUUUUGUGGUGAAGGUAUUUUUAUUGCAUUCUUUCUUGAUAUCUAAUCUGUUUCUCUACUGGUCUCGUUUGGAAUAUUGUGCAAAUGAAUACUCAAUGUUGUGAAUACAGAGGUGACUUUGAAAAACGUACACUUUUUUGAAAUUUUGCUCAGCAGGUUAGUUAUAAAUUGAAAUAUUUUGCGCAGGUUAAGACAUGUUGGAAUUGAAAUAAUCAAUUAAAAAUACGUUGUUGAUGUGAAGAGGGCAUGAAGAACUGAGGCAUACCACCUGUUUUCGAAGUUUGCAACAGAGCAGCAACAUUCAACAUAGCAGCGUGUAUCAUGGGUGAAGGAAGAAAAACGAUGCUCCUGUGAGAAAAACUUCAUACAGCAUUCAUAGUACUUAUCGUGUCUGGAAAUGAAGAAGGCGUCUUGAGAUGCAAGCAAAGUUGGAAUUCUAGAAACAAUUUCAUGGUCCUCGUCGUAGGAAAUGAUCUCACCGAGCAAUUGAAUGUCGGAACUGAGAUGAACGGUCUUUUGUGAAGAGUGCCACAAACUGCCGCUGGACUUUGUAC